AACUCCCUCUUUCAAUUCUUCAUCCACAACAGAAGAACCCUAUAGCCUAGGCGUCCUUUUUCAAAAAAAAUAAAAUGGCUCUCGACGGACGUCUCGCUCUUCUGAUCAUCUUCUCUCUUUUUUUACUACAGUUUGGUACUUUUGCUGCGACACGAGUGAUCGACCCGGAGCUGCAGCAGUGCAAGCACCAGUGCCGGCACCAGGAGCAGUACGACCAGCGGCAGACGCAGGUGUGCGUGGAGCGAUGCGAGGCUCACUACCGGCAGAAGCACGGCGGCGACGAGCCUGAGGAGAAGCGCCAGCACAACCCUUACUUGUUGGAAGAAGAGCAGUUCACUACUCGGAUUGAGAGCGAGGAGGGCCGAAUCCAUGUUCUUCAGAACUUCGCGGAGUGGUCGGAGCUUCUCCGGGGCGUCGAAGAGUACCGUGUAGCCAUCCUGCAGGCCAAUCCUCGCACCUUCGUCCUUCCUGUCCACCUCGACGCUGAAUCGAUCUUUUACGUCGCUCAAGGAAGGGCAACUAUUAAGUUGGUGAGAAGGAAUCAGCUAGAAAGCGUGAGCGUUCAACACGGAGACAUUAUCCGGAUUAACGCAGGGGUCCCUGUUUACAUAAUCAACAACGAAGAGAAUGAGGACUUGUGGAUCGUCAAGCUCUUCCGAUCUGUCUCCGUUCCUGGCAAAGUCGAGACAUUCGUUGACGCGGGAGGCGAGAAUCCAGAGACAUAUUACAGAGCUUUCAGCACGGAGUUGCUUGAAGCUGCUCUAAACAGUGAAAGGAGAAAGUGGGAUGGCAUGUUCAAACGACAUAAGAGUGGAUUAGUUGUGAAGGCAUCGCGAGAGCAGCUGGAAGAGAUGAGCAGCAGGGGGAGGCAGCAGGAAGAAGAUGGCUUCUUGCCUUUCGUGAUGGAAUCAAAGAGGAAAGCAUUCAACCUCCUGAAGAAAGAUCCCUCAAUAUCCAACGACUAUGGACGACUCCACGUGGCUGAUUCCCAUGAUUAUGAGCGCCUCCAUGACCUUGAUCUCGCUGUCUCUUUUGCCAGUAUCAAACAGGGAUCAAUGGAAGGACCAUACUACAACUCGAGAGCAACUAAGAUAGCCGUCGUGGUAGAAGGGGAAGGCUACUUUGAGAUGGCAUCUCCUCGCAUGUCCUCUUGGGGGUCCAGUGGGAGACAGGAAGGUGGUGCAGGAAAAGGCUGCAGCGCGCGCAGGGCAGAAAAGGGAGGUCAGAAACAAGAGGGUGCGCCUACCUACCAGAAGAUAAGCGGCUGGUUGAGGCCUGGCAGGGUGUUGGUGGUGCCGCCCGGCCACCCCGUCGCAGUGGUCGCUUCCGAGAGCCGACCACGGAGCAGCAAUGAUGGCCAAAAUUUGCAGAUUCUGUGCUUCGACGUCAAUAACCACGGCAAUUUGAGGUAUCCGCUUGCAGGGAAGGGGAACGUGGUAAGCUGGCUGGAAGAUGCAGCGAAGGAGUUGGCGUUCGACACUUCGUCAAGGGAAGUAGACGAUGCCUUCGGACGCCAAGAAGACGAGCUUUUCUUCCGAGGGCCGGAGCAAUGGCGGGAAGGAAGAGGUGGUCGUGGUGAUGCAUGAAUUUUCACGUCGCAAAUUCCGAGAAGUCGGCAGUACUGUAGACGGAUAGAUGUAUGUGAAUGCAUGUAUGUAUAUGGUAGUGUGCGUAACUCGUGUGUGGUGUAUGCAUGGUGAGCUUAUGUAUGUUGAGGCACCUACUAAUAAAUGUAUGUACGUAUGUACGUACUAGUGUGCGUAACUCGUGUUUGGUGAAGGCAUGGGGAGCUUCUGUAUAAUGAGGCACCUACUAGUAUUAUAAAAAGAUAGCUGCUUUUGUAUAACUACUAAAAAAAAAUAUUGAACUUAUCUUUCAAAA